GCGCAUUGCCAUGUAGAGUUCGUCUCGAUUAACUGAGAAAAAAAUCGAUUUUUGUUUUUAAAAUUUUAACAACAGCUACUCAGUUAUGAGUAUGAAAAGACGUAGAUACAGCUUUCUGUACACACGCCCUCCUCGAAGCUCUGGACCAGCUGGCCGCUUUACUGGGCUGAGGCUCCAACGGGGAGAAAUGAACCUGUUUCUGCUUCUGCUCGCUCUGUUUAGCGUCCUUCCAGGCAGCUGGGCGAGAUGUUUCUGCAAAGUCACAGGCAGCCUGGAUGACUGUGCCUGUGAUGUAGAAACUAUUGACAACUUCAACAACAGGAACCUCUUCACUAAACUCCAGAAGCUCCUCUCCUCUGAUUAUUUCAGGUUCUAUAAGGUGAAUCUGAAUAACCCGUGUCCAUUCUGGACAGACAGUGGACACUGUGGGCUCAGGGACUGCGCUGUUAAACCCUGCACAGCUAAUGAAGUGCCCGAGGGGCUGAAAUCCAACAGUCACAAGCAUUCAUUAGAGACCAGCAAACACACGGAGGAGUGUGAAAUGGCAGAGAAGCUCGGAGCCGUCAACGGCUCUCUGAGUGAUGAAACCCGACAGGCUCUCCUGGAGUGGAACAGGCACGACGAUGAGGCCGACCGGUUCUGCAUGCAUGAUGAUGAAGACUCUCCACAUGCGCAGUAUGUGGACCUUCUGCUGAACCCUGAACGAUACACUGGGUAUAAGGGUCCUGAGGCGUGGCAGAUAUGGAACAGUAUAUAUGAAGAGAACUGUUUCAAACCGUAUACAGUUCAAAGACCCCUGAAUCCCCUGGUAUCAAGCAGCAGUGAGAGUGAAGGAAAGGGAUUCUACAGGUGGUUGGAAGGUCUGUGUGUGGAGAAGAGAGCUUUCUAUAGACUUGUUUCUGGACUACACGCCAGUAUAAACGUCCACCUGAGCGCAAGAUACCUGCUGGCCGACAGCUGGUUCGAGAGGAAGUGGGGGCAUAACGUCACCGAGUUCCAGCUGAGGUUUGAUGAAGAGCUGACGAAAGGGGAGGGGCCUAAACGGCUCCGUAAUCUCUACUUCCUCUAUCUGAUUGAGCUCCGAGCGCUGGCUAAAGUCCUUCCUUUCUUCGAGCGCCCCUCCUUCAACCUGUACACCGGCCAGCCAGAGCAGGACAGGGAGAAUAAAGAGCUGCUGCUGGGGCUCCUCCACAUGGCCAAAUCUUUCCCACUGCAUUUUGAUGAAACCACACUGUUUGCUGGUGACAAGAAGGAAGCAGCUAAACUAAAAGAUGACUUCAAGCUGACGUUUAAAAACAUCUCCAGGAUCAUGGACUGUGUGGGAUGCUUUAAGUGUAGGCUUUGGGGCAAGCUGCAGACACAGGGUUUGGGUACAGCUCUGAAGAUUCUGUUCUCGGAGAAGCAGAUUGAGACUCUGCCUCAGUCCAGCAGCUCCAAACCCUCAUUCCAGCUCAACCGGCAGGAGAUCGUCUCACUCUUUAACGCCUUUGGGAGACUCUCCACGAGCAUCAGAGAACUGGAGAACUUCAGGACGCUGUUAUCAGAACUCAAAACUGAGCUGUAACCAGCAGCACAGCCUAAUCUGUCUAUUGCACUGUUCCUCACUGUGGACUGCUAAACUGGCCCCAGACGGAGGAGUGAAGAUCAAGGGGGCGACCGAGGGCAGCUGGCUUGAAGUGACGGUUCAGCAAACAAAAUCAAAUGUACAUAGUUUGUCCCCACUUACUUUAAAUGUGGUAGAUCUGCUGAGACAUUUGUUUUCUGCCGUUUUUGCACUGGAGCCACAACAAACGUCCAGACACCACACGUCUUGGCUGAUCGACUACGUUUGGAGUAAGAGGGAAAACUGUGUAAUGUUUCCUGAACGUUUCCUUUAAGCCGACCUCAGGAGACGUGCGGGAGGAUGUCUCUCAGCCUUUGUUUGAUUUCCUAUGAGUCUGACACAUACGUCCAGGGUUUCAGACGCACCCCACCUCUCAUUAAAGCUGUGUAGCCAUAUCUCUGCUGUUGAGCUGCAGCUUUCAUUGUUUAUUUCAUCCUUCAGACCUGAACACAGUGACCAGCACAGAGGAGGCCUGUUAGUAAAGCACCCUAAAAGAGACGAGCACUUUAUCCGUCAUUGGGAGCGAGUUUGGCGCCGUUUGCACUAUGGCAUCUCAAAGUAUUUCAUUAGGAGGGGCCACGUAUGGAGUUUAAAGGGGCCACGUCUUAUAAUUUCGAGUAUUUUAUUUUUCCCCUUGAUAUCCAUUUGACAUUUGUGUUGUUUUGUACCAGAAACAGUCAUGAUUAAUUUUACAUGGACCUAUUUCCAACCUUCCAACGUAUCCCUUAAAAUUAAAGUUUUUUUUUUUUUGUUACUCUGGCUUUUAUGACAGAUAUAUGUAAAUUAUCUCUGUUCUGAUUGGCUGCUCUGUAUUAUGCCUCAUUCAAAAAGUAGUUGGUACAGAAGUCCAGCGAGGCCAUAAGCUGUUAUAAUUUUCUGAGUUGUUAUUUUGAGAAGUUUAUUAUCUUGUAAUCUCAAGAUAACUAUUUGGAGAUAAGAUAUUUAUCUCUGUCUCAAGAUAAUUAUCUUGCAAUAACAAGAUAAUUAACUUAUCUUAAAACAGCAACUUUGUUAUAUUGAGAUCAUAGGAUAGUUAUCUUGAGAUAAUGAGUUAAAUAACUCAUUAUUUCAAGACAACUUUGAAAUCACAAGAUUAUUAACUUAUCUCAAGACAGCUUUGUUAUCUUGAGAUCACAAGAUAUUUAACUUCUCAAGAUAAAGUUACCUUUGGAUCACAAGAUAAUUUAUCCCAAGACAACUUUAUCUUGAUCACAAGAUAAUUAAUGCGUUAUCUUAAAACAACUGUUAUAUCAAAAUCACAAGAUAUUUAACUCAUUAUCUCAACAACUUUAUCUUGAGAUUACAAGAUAAUUAACUUAUCUCAAGAUAACUUUGUUAUUUUGAGAAGAUAAUUAACUCAUUAUCGCAAGAUAACCAUCCACAAAACUAUGACUACCUCAUGGCCUCUCUGGACUUCCGUGCAGUCUGGGCUGAAACACUCCUUAUAACAUCAGUGUGAGUGGGCGGGGCUAAACUACUGUAGGUUGAAUUGGAUAUAUGUAAAUGUGUUGGUCAUUCAGUGCACAUGGUAACACAAAAGGGAGAAGAAAAGGAAGAAGGGAUGAAGAAAAAACUCACACCUGAAUUGCACAUUGCAAAAAAUGCAAGAAGGAAUUGGAUGAAAAAUUUCUCAGGGUAUCAAUAUAACCUAUUAAAUCAGUAUAGCCACUCAGCUUAUCCAUGCUACACCCACAUCUGCCUUGUUUCAUAGCUACAGUUCCUAGCCGUGACAUUUCUGUUGAUAAAUAAAAACCUAAUGAGAAACUGUA